AUGGCACCGAUCAGCUUGCUUAGCCUCCCCAGCGAGCUCCGUAUUGAGAUAUUCAAAUAUCUCCUAGUGCAAAGAGAGCCUAUUGAGGUCGUGAACUUGUGGAACCUCGGGCUUCAUGGGCUAGAGCCUAAUAUUCUCUCCACGAACAAGCUCUUUCUUGUGGAGGGUAGGCCGCUACUCUAUGGAUACAACUGCUUUCGCUUUGGCCCGGACAGUUCUCGGUUGGCCCUCCCCUACUUUAUUGAUGAUAUUGGUUCUAUCAACGCAUCUCACCUCUGGAAUAUCUAUAUUGACUUCCCCGAAGUCUGCAAGAUUGGAGACGAAGUCAGUCUGCACGAUGCAAGCCUUCGUAUGCUUGAAAUAAUCCAGGCAAAAUGCACCAAUCUUCGGACGCUUACAACACUCGCCGAAACUACCUAUCAGAUGGAAGCUGAGCUCGAGUCAUUUGACAGUAAAGUCUGUGACAAGGCCCUUGGUUUGGUUGCUGCUCAUUUCAGAACUAUUGCAUCUCUUCAGAAGAUUGUUGUCGAGGUGUACGAGGAAGGUCCCAGCCUGGAUAUUAGAAAGAAAAUGGAAAGUCUUGGUUGGAUACUCGAGGUGGUGAAGCCAGUGGAAAAGCGGUGUCGGACCUUGUAUUGGAAAUGGAGGCCACCACGCUGGCCGCUGGACGAAGAAGAUUAUUAUGGGAUGAGUCGAUGA